AUGAUUGAGGCACGGAACUCACCGAACAAGCGCACGGCUCCCGGUGGCAGCAAGUCUGAUACACAAUCGGUAUCCAAGAGGUUGCAAUCUGAAUUGAUGCAGUUGAUGACAUCCAAUCCUCCUGGAAUAUCUGCAUUCCCAGACUCGGAUUCUCUACUCACUUGGGCCGCCACCAUCGUCGGACCUCAAGGAACGGUAUAUGAAGGCCUCUCAUACAAACUCUCCAUGAAGUUCCCCCACAACUAUCCCAUGGCUGCGCCAACAGUCAAGUUUGAAACCCCAAUGUACCAUCCAAACGUCGAUAUGUCUGGCAAUAUUUGCUUGGAUAUACUCAAAGAACACUGGUCAGCCAUCUACAACGUUCAAACAGUUUUGAUUUCCAUCCAGUCCUUGUUUGCUGAGCCAAACAAUGACUCUCCACUCAAUUCUCAAGCAGCUACACUAUGGAAGGAUCAAACCGAGUUCAAGAAACAAGUCUUGAUACAAUUCAACAGGCAAAGAUAA